UGGGAGUGGCCAACGCCCCCGCGCUGACCAAUCAGCGCUCGCCGCGCCGCUCCCGCCCCUCCGGGGCGCGGCGGGGGCGGGGCCGCGGCUCGCGGGCUCCUCUUAAACCCGCGCGGCCCCGCGCCUUCAUCUUCAUCAUCAUCCUCAUCAUCAUCGCCUUCCUCACCUCCCACAGGCACCGUCCCCUCCGUCCCCACAGCGGCCGUGUCCUGGGCAGCGUCCGGAGCGCGCGGCUUUGAAGAAGAUUCCAGUUUUGUGACCCACAGCAGUUGUUCUCCUGAAGAAAAUCCUGUUUUCUGUGCCACCACCCCCAGCAAAAACCAUGGAGAAGGUUGCAUCAGAAAGGCCUGUUCCUGUCUCUAAGAAUGAAAUCCCUACUUUUCCUUCCCAGAAGAAGCCAGAUACAAACUCAUGCCCUCAUGCACCUGCCAAAUAUUUAGUGUCUGGUGGGGUGGACGCUGAGAACUGCAAGGCUAAUGAGAAGGAGAGGCAGUGGAUCCGCCCUGAUACACCCAGCAAAUGCACCUGGAAGCUUGGGAAGCCCCUCUCUGCCUCCCCCCAUCAUCAUACCACCCUGCCAGAGCCUCUGAAGAUCCUGCCCAGCAUCCUGAAUAAAGUUGGCAACACACCUUUGGUGCGGAUCAACAAGAUUGGGAAGCACUUUGGGCUCAAGUGUGAACUCUUGGCCAAGUGUGAAUACUUCAACGCCGGGGGCAGCGUGAAGGACCGCAUCAGCCUCAGGAUGGUGGAGGAUGCUGAGAGGGCUGGGAUCCUGAAGCCUGGGGACACCAUCAUAGAGCCAACCUCUGGGAACACAGGGAUCGGGCUGGCCUUGGCGGCGGCAGUGAAGGGUUACCGCUGCAUCAUCGUCAUGCCAGAGAAAAUGAGCAUGGAGAAGGUGGAUGUCCUGAGAGCUCUGGGUGCUGAGAUUGUGAGGACCCCAACUACAGCCAGGUUUGAUUCUCCUGAAUCUCACGUGGGAGUGGCCUGGAGGUUGAAGAAUGAGAUCCCCAAUGCACACAUCCUGGACCAGUACCGCAAUGCCAGCAACCCCCUGACCCACUACGACACCACAGCUGAGGAGAUCCUGCAGCAGUGUGAUGGAAAGGUGGACAUGGUGGUGGCCACAGCUGGCACGGGAGGUACCAUCACUGGCAUCUCCAGGAAGCUGAAGGAGAAGUGUCCAGGGUGCAAAAUUAUAGGUGUGGAUCCUGAAGGCUCCAUCCUUGCUGAGCCAGAAGAACUGAACAAGACUGACAAGACAAUGUAUGAAGUGGAAGGAAUUGGAUAUGAUUUUGUCCCCACAGUGCUGGAUAGAUCUGCAGUGGACCAGUGGUACAAGAGCAAUGAUGAGGAGUCAUUUGCCCUGGCACGGAUGAUGAUCCGCGAGGAGGGGCUGCUGUGUGGGGGCAGCUCGGGCAGUGCCAUGUCUGUGGCUGUGAAGGCAGCCAAGGAGCUGAAGGAGGGUCAGCGCUGUGUUGUCAUCUGCCCUGACUCCAUCAGGAACUACAUGUCCAAGUUCUUGAGUGACAAAUGGAUGAUUCAGAAAGGGUUCAUGAAAGAAGAAGACCUUGGCAACAAACCCUGGUGGUGGAAUAUCAGCAUUCAGGAGCUGAGUCUUUCUGCCCCCCUGACUGUGCUUCCAACUGUUACCUGUGCAAAGACUGUGGAAAUUCUCCGGGAGAAGGGAUUCGACCAGGUACCAGUUGUUGAUGAAUCUGGGGUGAUUCUGGGCAUGGUUACCCUGGGUAACAUGCUUUCCUCACUGCUUGUUGGAAAAGUUAAGCCUUCUGAUGAAGUCAGAAAAGUAAUCUACAAGCAAUUUCAACAGAUUAACCUGAAAGACAACUUGGGGAAACUCUCUCACAUCCUGGAAAUAGAUCACUUUGCUCUGGUGGUUCAUGAGCAAAUUCAAUAUCACUCGGAUGGCUCCUCCAGCAAGCGGCAGAUGGUGUUUGGCAUCGUGACAGCCAUCGACCUCCUGAACUUCGUGACCGCGCGCGAGCGCGGGAGGAAAUCCAACUAAAGCCAAGCAGCAGCCUGGAGCCUCCUCAACACUCUGCAACCUCUAACAAAGAAUCAGCUUUAUGUCUUAAGUAGAAUGUUUUUGGGUUUUUUUUGUUGGGGUUUUUUGGUUUUUGGGGUUUUUUUUUGUUUGUUUUUUUUUUAAUUCUAAAAAUAAGCAGUUAGCUAUCCUAGUGUUAGCUAUCCCACCAAUGUGUCUUGCUGUAUUGCCCAGCUUCUGGGACUUGUUUCUUAAUCAGGCUAAGCAAUAUUUCUUAUCAAGACAAUUUAUUUUUUUACCUAUAUAUAUAUACACAUAUACAUAUAUAUGUAUGUGAAAAAAAAUGCUGCCUAAAUUAACUGGUUUGUUCCUUACUCGUUAUGUCUAAAGGCUGGCUUUCCAAAAUGUUGUUUUAGAAUCAUAAAAUGUGUUGAAAUAAAGAGUUACUGAAGCAGAGGCCCAAGGGAGCUCUGGAAAGUUCUGGAUUUUUCUCCCCCCUCCUAUUUAAGGGUGUUAAGUUAAAUAUUACUUUAGUGUUAAGUUAGGUAUUACCUGUGUGGAGACAAAAUUGGGACUGGGGCAUGGGGAGAAGAAAGGAGGGUUUCCCUUUUGGUGGCAUCAUUGUAAAAGAAUAAAAAAUCCUCAGGGCUGAAGCUGAGGCUUGCUCUGCUCUGAGGAAAAGCUGGUGUGAGUUAGAAGCAUGGCAGUGAAGUGACAAACAACAAGCAGUGACACUGUUUUACACAGUGCACCAGCUUUCCCUGCCAUGACAGACCUAUUUGUUUUUCCCAAUGGUCCUGAUAAGUAAGCACAAGUAAGAGAAUAUUUAAAAGUUAAGAUGAACCAUCUUGCCCAAAGAUUUUUUUAAAUUAUGCUGUUUCAUCUGUUACCUUCCUCUUCCCUCCUCACCCUCUUAUUUAUCUCAGAGUCCCUUUUUUUUGUGACUGUUUUAGGAGAGCAAAAGAUAAUCUGUCAGGAGCUGUGAACUCUUUCAAGUCUUGUUCAGGUACUCUUACUCUGUAGUGCCUCAUUCCAGGAGAAAAGCCCUGCAUUGGCUGCUCCUUCAGAUUAGGGCUGUUGCUGAAGGCAAGUGACCCAUCCCUAUCUUAAACUGUGGUUUGCCAUUAAAUUCACACACUUCUUCAAGAUUUAAGACAAUUUUUCCCCAGGGCUCUGGGGAAAAAUACUACUAUAAAUCUGAAAAUGUACAACUUCAAUAGUAACUGAAAGUUUCUAAAGGGUGGUGAAUUCCUUUCUGCAGUUGUAGUUGUCACUGCUGCUAGGUUUUAGCAUUACUGCUAAAACUUUACUGGCUUUUAUCUGAUGGGGUUUUUUUCCCCAUUUUCCAUCUGACCUUUGCUGACAGCAGCAGGGAGGGAGGUGCUUGAGUAGCUGAGGUUUGUCCUUUUCCCUUGUCAAAGCUCCAUGUCCUGACCUAACUGAAUUCAGCAAGAAACAUGAGAAUGGUAGGAGGAGGUUCCCAAAGCUGCUUUUCAGAGCAGCACAAGGGGGGAGUUAAAGGUGGGGCAGCAAAUUAGUCAGUUAUAAAGAAGUGUAAAAAUCUGAAUCUGUUUUUCUGCAUCACUGUUCAUACGUGAAUCCCCAUAGUGCCAUGAAAACUGGCAGUAUUGUGGACUGAGGCAUAGGGGGUGGUUAGAAAUGGUGGGGAACAUGGGAUGGGAGUCUAAAGCAUCCCAAGUAAGCCAAAGGAUCCCAAGAAUUCAGCUGCUCCCCUGGGCUUUGCUCAGAGCAGGGGCUGUCUCCUCUCUGCAGGGGCACAGGGAGGAGAAGGCUUUUCUUACCCACAGCAGCAGCAUGGUGAGACCAGAGGAGCUGGGUUGAUAAAUGGAGUUGCUGCACAACUGAAAAACUUUCCAGAGCUCUUUCCCAUGGCAGGGAUGAAGGCAGCAGAGAGGAGGGGAUGGGGAAUCCAGCAGGGCUGAAGUUCCUCUGCACGAGCUUCUAAAUGUGAUGCUUUCUUGCGUGUCUGAGAACCUCAUUGCUAGCCUGGUCCUGGUUAGUUGUGGUAGGGCUGAUUAAAGCUGGGCUUGUCUUUGUUUCAAAUGCUCUGAAGACCAAGAAAGACACUGCAGUUUGUUCAGUCUUUUACCUGAAAUUGAAGGCCGGAGCCUGAACAGAACUGUAUUUUUUUUUUCUGAAGUGAGUGCCUGCAUCUUCUGUUUACCUUUGCUGCUUUUGCAAGCACUGACUAAACCUGAAAACUAUUUUGCACAGGGAUAUUUUUAUCAACAAUUUAUGCUUUAUUUGUUUGUCACGGUAGGAGAUUCUCAGUCCUAAUGUUGGCUCUGCAAAAAUACUUUUUAUUUUCUCACCUGAAGACAGCUAUUCAGUAAAAUCUGUAAAAUCUUUUGCAAGCAGUUACCAGGCAAUGACUUAAGGUUCAUUUUCUCAUUGUCAUGUCCAGUGUUAUUUCCCAUUUCUUGUACAAGCUGUGGCUGACUCCAGAACUCUGGCUAGCAGGGGUUCCUCUAAGCAGCCAGACCAAUCUCAUAUGCCCACCAAGCUCAUUUCUGAAAACUUCUGUUUGCUAUAAAACUCACACAAGGCUCAUUGUCAGAAGUUUCCUGACAUUGUCCCCUGUCAUCCAGCAGCUUUUCUUACUGUGUAGUGUCAACUAAGGAAAAGGGAAGACUUCUUAUGCUUCAAGGAGCUGGGAGAAAUCACCACUAUGAGCCGUGUUUAUUGCACAGAUGUGGACAAAUGUACAAUACAAAGAGUUCAAUAAAAGCUGUUUGAUUGCA